ACAUAUUAUUUAUUAAUAACAGAGUUACCACGACAAUGGCGCAUGCAAAUUUAAGCGCAUGAUUUUUGAAUGACGAGCAAAUUGUAAAUUCGUGAUAUUGAUAUGAUUUUCACGUUUGUUCUCUCUUAAUAAAAUGUGCGUCGUGUGCGAUUAAUAUUGUGUCGCGUAAUUAUCGUAAUCUAUUGAUUAGUGCGCGAGUGAUUGUAAUUCAAAAAUUGUGUUUUUACAAGUGAGCAGCAUGGAGAAACAACAAAGGAUGAAGAAAAGGAAAGGAAAAAGUCCAAGGAGAUGUCGGGUGAAUAUGAUCGUGUGUGUGUCUAUUACAACUCCUCAUCAAUGUGCAUCGUACCGAUUGACGAAUGACGCCGUAGCAGAGAGCUGGUUGGUGCGCGGAUACCGGGACGCAAGAGGGGACGGCACCUUUCGCACCGCCACGGCAACGAACAACCUCCACUUCCUCGUCUACCAUCCCCCGCUCCCCGCUUCCACCCGUUUUCUCUUUUCUCGUAGAAAAAGAGAAAAAGGGAAAGAGCACGGGGAAGAUAGCAGAUAGGGGGAGGCGGAAAAAGAGGAACGCACGGUGGAACGAAGAGGAGAGCGGCGGAGCCCGUCAGUAGACGUAGACGUGUGUGUGACGUACGCGAGACUCUCGGAUUACGAGGGAAUAAAGAGAGAAUUCGAGAGUAGCGAUGAAAAAUCAUUUCGCGCAGAGCGCAGAGAGCGGAGCUCUGUCGGACGGCACUUAUUAUUAUUAUCCGGUAGAAGCAACUUCCAGCCGUAAGCCUCGUCAGCUCGUGUUUAACAGCAUCGGCGCAGGAUGGCGAUAUUAACGGAUUCAAGGAGGAUUUAACGUACCACCCGCUAUCCUUUAUAGCGGCCGACUAAUGCGCGUAAUUAGCCGAAUAUGCGCGAUGCUUGAUAUGCAUGACGAUUCGAAAAGAGAUAAUAGACUCUGACGUGUUUAAUACGUUGCUUCACCCUCCCAAGUAUUUCCGCAGUACGUGUAUUAUUUUUUCAUUCAAAUUGCAUAUAGUGUUGCGCGCAUCUGCAGUUUCUUAACAUAUUUUAUAUUUUAUGACACGCGGAAUAUUAUAUCGUUGCGAAUGUCACGCACCAGAAGUGUAAUAUUUUUGACGUCUGCAAAGGAAAUUCUAUUAUAUAAAAAUAUAAACGAUGACAGUUAUAUAUUACGGUUAAUAUUAGAGUCUUUGCAUAAUUUGAAAACUCUAGAUAUAUGAGCGAUCCCGUAGCGAUUGAUUUUCUCUCUGAUGAUCUGGAAAUAUGACGCGCCUUGCUUUGCCUAAUUUAUGGCAAUAAGCGACGCUCCAAAAAUUCGAGGAAAACCUGCGUGGAAACUAGAAAAUUGAAAAUGACGAGAAACAUCGCGGCUCUGCGCCGAAUCGUGCUCAGAGUUCCAUAAUUCGCCAUGAAUUAUCCUCAGCAGACAUCCUAACGAGAGUCGCAACGCGUCCAACGAGUGGCGGACAAGCAACGCCACCGGUAGAAAGGGUAGGAAGGGUAGGCUGUGCGCUGGUCGACGCCGGAGAACGAAUUAGCCCUGUGGAUUAGCGUCCGCAUAUUUUUGCAAAAACGAGAUAAUGCAAAAAAGCGCGCUGGCCGGUCCAGGCUCGUACGGAUGUUGCGUGGCAGAAGGCGGGAGGUGAAAAAGGGGUGGAUGGACGAGGAUGGUUCGUGACGGACGAGGGCAGCAGGAGGAGGCUGGGGGCCGUCGAGGGUGGAGGGCGUGGCCAGGCGGCCUCUGGCAGGUUUCAAACGAGAAAGAGAAAGAGGAACCGUGUUUCCGUGAUAGCAGAAUCUGCGAGAGCGAGCAGGCGAGAGGAAAAAAAGAGAGAGAAGGAAAAAAAGGCAUAGAAAGAGAGAGAGAAAGAGAGUAGGAGAAGGAGAGAGAAAAAGAGAAAGAGAGACAGAUGACGAUGAAAGAGAGAAUGAGAGAGGACGCGAGGGAGAAGGAGAAAAGAAAGAGAGGGAUGACGAGAAAAAGUUAUAGAUGCACCGGUGCACGUGUGUGUGUCGCUUAGGUGCUCGUGUGAUCGUGCGUUGCAUACGCGACGCGUAUCUGCACCGCGUGUGUGCACGCAGACACGCCGGUUCUCCUCCUGUAUGAGCUCAACUAUAGUGAACAUGGUCCGUGGGGCAACCAGGGGGAGGAGGAGGGAACGGUGGGACAAAGGGGUAAAAAUCAUUGCGCGGUCCAGCCUCGAGGCUGAUCGAUGGUUGCUGCACUCACCCCUGCAUCUACUGCUCCCGUCCCCUUGCCCGCGCGUCCGACAACUGCCCCCGCGCGCAUUCACUGAUCCCUGGGACUCACUGACUGGCCAGACAAAAAAUGGCCGGUUCCAAGCCCAUCCACCUCCGGCCAGGCUGACGUCGGGUGUUUGAUGACCUCGGGGCGGCUAGAGAGGCCCGGGAGGUGAAGGGUGCAAAACUACGAGGCAGGGUGCGCCGAGGGACGGCCGGUGUACCGAGGGCCGACGGCCGGAAAACCAGCAGCCCACCCUCUCCUCCUCCGCCACCCCCUUUACGAUCCCACACCACCCUCGCGUACCACCCCGCCCGCCGCCCCUCGUGGUCCACCCGCAAAAGGGUGGACGACGGGAGGGAAUCGAUGACGGUGGAUGAUUUUACGUACACUCGCUCAACGGUCAGCUCUGCCCUCUUUUCGCGGAUUCGGCAGCCUCGCGAUUGGUAGACGCCGAACGUACGCGGCAUUGCCGGCGUUGUCGCGCAGUUUUCUCCUUUUCCCUUCGUUCUCUUCCUUUCGAUUUUUCGCCACGUGUCUUUCGAGAGGAGUCGUGCCGAUCUAGACGACGGUUCCCAAAUCGACGUGGGAAACCAGAGCCAAUGUUGCGUAGGUAAAAAUCCUUUACUCUCCAUUUUCAUAGCUCUGUACCUAUUAUUUAUAUUUAUAUCGAGCUCUUUAAGAACGAAGCGCAUUAUUCGGCGUAAAAUCUCUGACUUUUGGAGCAUCGUGAUUCAGGGGCAAUUAAAAUAACGCGGCGAUAACGUGUAAACAUCGGGUAAUGUGGUAUCGCGUAUAGACAAAACGUUUAUAAUGUCACGUGCGUUAAACCCGAAAUAAAUACAAAUAAUUGGUCAGUUUUAAUACGCUACGAGAGAAGCGUGCGAAAUAAUUUUA